CGCACCAUCCAACCGGGCUGUGUCGCUAAGGGAAGAUAGGCUACUUGUGGAGCAGCAACAGAUCUCCAGCUGGAAAACAACCCCACAUCUGGCACGCGAUCUGAGCGGGAAGACCUGGAGGAAUAUCUCAGUGCGCGAUUAAAUGCGCGACCGGAUCAUUGUCAGGUUUCCUCGUCUCAUGUGGAGAGGAGAAAAGUUGUCAGGGAUAGUUGUGGAUUUUGGCGUUGCAGAAUUUGGAUGAGAUUUGCCUGAAAAGGCGGCGAGGAGUGACACGUUACUCCUGGCUUAGUGGUUCAUCCUACUGUGCGUAAUCAGGCAUUUUUGGGGUGCAACAGGCUUGAUGAGUGAUAAGUGCAACAUCUGGAAGAAUUCAUGUAAGUCACAUUUUGUAAUCUAUUCUAGGAAGAACACAUCCAGUGAGCCUGAGCAUCUGCGUUUUGUUGCGACCCCAGACUGAGUUUUGUAACAGGUGGUUUUUAUUGAGCGUCUCACUCCGGCGCUGUCUGGACCAUUACGCUGUUAUUUUUUUGGAUAGAUGAGACGCGCAGGUUCCUAUAAUGACUGGGGUCUGAAAUGAGGGCGCACUUUGCGUUCAUUUUCUGAUUUUUGUACAGUGGACAGCAGUUUGUAACGGAGAAGGUCCCUGCUUCUCAAUGAUCAGCUCGGUGUGUGUUUCGUCUUACCGGGGGCGCAAGUCAGGCAACAAACCUCCGUCUAAAUCAUGUCUGAAGGAGGAGAUGUGCAGAGGGGAAGACUCGGACAAAAUUAUCAUCAACGUGGGCGGCACUCGACAUGAGACCUACAAGAGCACCCUGAGGACCCUGCCGGGGACUCGCCUGGCAUGGCUGGCAGACCCGGACUCGCAGGUCAGCUCUAACUCGGACGCUGCGCCCCCGAGCGCCGAAUUCUUCUUCGACAGACACCCGGGCAUCUUCGCCUACGUGCUCAACUACUACCGGACCGGCAAGCUGCACUGCCCGGCGGAUGUCUGCGGGCCUCUCUUCGAGGAGGAGCUGGCGUUUUGGGGGAUUGACGAGACCGACGUGGAGCCGUGCUGCUGGAUGACCUACCGGCAGCACCGGGACGCGGAGGAGGCCCUGGAGACGUUUGAGCCACCGGACCCGGAGGACACAGACGAUGACAUGCCGAGACGGUUUGGCAUCGAGGACUGUCCGGACAGGUCAAGAGGAUGCUGCGAAGUUUGGCAGCCGAAGGUCUGGGCCUUGUUUGACGACCCGUACUCAUCCAGAGCAGCUAGGGGAGUAGCGCUUGCCUCGCUCUUUUUCAUCCUGGUGUCCAUCACCACCUUCUGCCUGGAGACCCAUCAGGCCUUCAAUGUACUGCAGAACCGCACAGAGCAUGUUGUUGUGGGCAACAUCACAGUCUCAGUGGAGAGGCCAGAGAUGGUGACCAAGCCCAUCCUCACCUGGGUGGAGGGCGUCUGUGUGAUCUGGUUCACAUUUGAAUUCCUGGUGCGAAUCAUCUGCUGCCCAAACAAGGUGGUCUUCAUCAGGAACACACUCAACAUCAUUGACUUUGUGGCCAUUCUGCCAUUCUACCUGGAGAUGUGCCUGAAGGGUCUGUCAUCUAAAGCUGCCAGCGACGUGCUGGGCUUCCUCCGCGUGGUGAGGUUUGUCCGAAUCCUCAGGAUCUUCAAGCUGACGCGGCACUUUGUAGGCCUGCGCGUGCUGGGCCACACACUGAGGGCCAGCGUCAAUGAGUUCCUCCUUCUCAUCAUCUUCUUGGCACUGGGUGUGCUCAUCUUCGCCACCAUGAUAUACUACGCCGAGCGCAUCGGAGCCAAGCCCGAUGACCCCACAGGCUCCAACCACACACACUUCAAGAACAUCCCCAUCAGCUUCUGGUGGGCAGUGGUCACCAUGACAACACUGGGCUACGGAGACAUGUACCCACAGACGUGGCUGGGCAUGAUGGUGGGGGCGCUGUGCGCGCUGGCCGGGGUGUUGACCAUCGCCAUGCCGGUCCCUGUCAUUGUCAAUAACUUUGGGAUGUACUACUCACUGGCUAUGGCCAAACAGAAGCUGCCGAAAAAGAAGAAGAAGCACAACCCGAACCCCGACGCUCCGACUGACUCGGCCUCGUUUGUGAAGUCGGAAACAAACUCACACAGAGACAGCACUCAGAGCGACACGUGUCCACUGGCUGCUGAGGAGAGCAUCAGCAGGAACCGCUCAGGCAGAAAUCUUAGUGUGGAACCUCUCAGAACAACAAAACUAUCUGCGUGGCUAAAUACCACUGGAGACUCCAAACAGAACGGGGAUGCAAAUGUGGCCCUUUCAGAGGAGGAGGGCUGCAGUCUGACCCAGCCGCUGUCCCCCAGUGAAAAGUGGUCCCUGCGGUGCUCCCGAGGGCGAGACAAGACUAAGAAGGAGGCCACCUGCUUCCUACUCACCUCUGGAGACCCCAACGUCCACAGUGAGAGCUGCAAAGACAUCCUCGCUGCCACUGGAAACUACGCUCAGCCCGAGGUCACCACGCUGACCUGAUGCUGAUUGGCUAGGAAAAGGAGAAAGAGCGUGAACUCUCGAUGGAGUACAUGCUGCGCAGAGCUUCGGCUCUGGUCCUGAAUGAACUGCAGAGCGGAUUCUUUUUAUUCAAGACAAGUUUUUUUUGUCUCUGUCAAACAUCCAAAACCCUGUGGUAGAAAAUCAGUUGCGUAAGAGAUUUACCAUAUGUACACUCACACACUUUACAUGUUACAGAACAGUUUGCAUGUGUUGCAUGAUCUACCAUUGUAUAAUGUACUUUAGAAAAUGACAUUAAUAUGCUUAUCAUUUAGUGGACAUGUCAUAGCCUGAAAAGGCCCUGAAAACACAUUUUGUCAAUCAGCUUCUUGUUGCGUCUGGUGGGUAGGGCUGGGUUUCAGUACUUUCAGUACUUCAGUACCUUUGAGAUAUCGACUGAAGUAACCCAGAGCAAAGUAACAUUGAAACAUUUCCAGUGAAACGAUGCCUGCAUUCGAUCCUUUCCCGGACUAGUGUUGCUACCAUCUCCAAAGCUGCUCUCCUUGGCAAACGAUCAGUUUAACAUCUGCCCGGUUAGCACAACCUAACAUAAGCAGCAGAGGCUAACAUCCAACCCCGAGCAGUUAAAACGUCCUAACAAACUCACACCAACACUGAACCAGCUUGACUCAGUCGUUUAACCAAUUAAUAACUAUCAAGUAACGUCAGCCAUGUGAUGCUAACAGCUAGCCCUCUCACUGUGUGUGUGCGGUCGGGCAGACUCUCACAACUGUCCCUGGUGCAGAGCUCAAGCUCCCGCAGUUUGCAGUUCAGCAUGCCAAGAUGCCACCUAAACAUUCGCCACCUUAUUUGCAUUAUUGGUAAUGAAUCAAGUUCUCUAUUUGUAUUGGCAUCAUUUAAGAGAACUGGUAUUGGUACUGGUAUCAUAAUGUUUAUUUUAACGAUACCCAGCCCUACCAACGGGGUCCUGCUGCACAUGAACACACAGUUUUCUUACUGAAACAGUUCUGUUUUUUUUUUCUGUGCUUUUCUUAUUGGUUUGAAGUGGGAGGGACUCAGUUGCAAAAAUGUGAUGUCAUGCAUGUCAGUCAAUCAGGAUUUAGCAACGUCGUUUGGUCACUGUCAAUCAAAUCUGAUCAAAUCACGCACACACAGUCUCGAUGAAACAGAUUAGCUGAGUUUAUGAGGUCAUAAACUCUUUAUCAGUUAUGAUGAUUUUAGUUAGUCGUAAUUCCUUCUUGGUCAGUUUUGACUGUAUUGAUCCAUGAAUAUUUGAUGUUAUAGAGGAAGACUUUUUGUGGGUUUUGGUCUGAAGUGAACCAUGGGUGGAUUACAAGGCAGUGGGCCCCUGGGCACAGAUACACAAAAGGCCGCUCGACCUUUUCUUAGUUAGAAGCAGGACACACAGAUUCAGAGGUGGUUUUGUAUCACUCUAAGGUCAUUUUAUGUAUCUUCUGGUCAUGCUGUGUCUCUUAUCAGUUCAUUUUAAUGUUUAUCUUGUCAUCUGAGUCUCCUCCUGGUGAGUACAUGGUGGUGACAUUUUGCAGGUGAAGGCCAGAGGGGCCCCUUGGCCUGUGCCGGUAGGCGUGUUCAGUAAUCCAUCCAUGAUGUGAGCUGUUUAAACCACAUGGCAACAUUUUUCUAAUGAGAUAGAGCAUUAAUUAGCAUGAUUUUUUUUCCCUUUAGUGCGAUAUAUACAGAGACAGUUUUUGGAACUUAAAAACAAACAAAAAAAAAACUAAAAACUUCACUUGGAUUAACGUCUUAAGUCCAUAAAUGUUGUUAAAUGUCGAGUAAGAACACCCAAACAUUUGUGAAUAUGGGUUUGUACAGCGAAACUGUUACUGUGAACUAGGGUUAGAUUAAAACUUGAAAUCAUUGUCCGGUCCUCGACGAAACAGACCCUCUAUUCUUUGUUGAUCAUCCGGUCUCUGCCCUCUGUCGUGCCACUGCUUUUUAACACUGACCACUGGGACGACAUGCAGAUAUUUUGUCGGGACACAGCGUGGUAUAAAUGCUGCUCAGGCAACACAUUGUUUGUAAAUCCUUGUACAAUAAGAGAGUUUAACAAAAGAAAUCAAUGGAGCAGUAUUGUCUGUCUGUUACAUUAGCCGUAUACAAUGGAUGCAUCACUGCUGGUUGAGUCAGGACCAAACGUAGACUCUGUCAGGCUGCAUGGUAGAUUUUUAGUACCAUCAUUAGUGAAACUUCAUACAGUGCAAUGCCAUCAGUUCCACUUGUGCCUCAUGUUGAGUAACGGAGCUUACAUGUGUGCAGUAAUGUAAUUAGAUUUGUUCCCUAACACUUCUGGUUGUGUCGGAUGCGUAGAAACCCUGUUACAUGUUUCAGCGGAGAGAGGAGCAGGAGUGUGGUUUCUUUCACUUGUGACUUAUAAUAUAUUCCUCAUGGUCUACCAUAGUGGCCUUAUGUUUAACAAACAAAGGGAAAGUUAAUUUCAUCUUCAUUAGACUCCAGCUCCGUUUCUAUGCUGACCCCAGAGGUCUGCAAUUAUGUAGAAGCACAGUUGUACGUAUGUAGCACAGUAGAAUAUUCUGGAUCAUUCCUUUUCUCCUCUGUAUAUGACAUGCUUAGCUGUUUACCAACAAUGAAAGAUUAUUAUUUUGAUAAUCCGCCUUUUUAGCCUCAUUUCCUGUUUUCCCUGUUGUAUAUAUGUACUCGAAUGUGAUGGAGAAGCACACAGCACACCAGUUUCAUAUCUCCCCAUUAUGGAUUGUAUAAGUGACUGUGAUGGAUUUUGAACCGAGUCCAAUUGUCAGAUGCGUGUGUGUGUGUGUGUGUGUGUGUGUGUGUGUGUGUGCGCGCGUGUGUGUGUGAUGUAUCAUGUAGGCAUGUUUCUAUGCAGAACUAGAAAUAAAAUCCAUUUCCCCUCCUGCUGUUGAAGAUAAAAUCUUGUCGUUUCUGGUUUGUUCACAGCUUGCAUUAUGGAAUCUGCCUUUUUUUCCAUUAGGUGAAC